AUGAUAAAGGCACUGGGGAAAGACACAGGUCGUGGGCGCCAGCGAAGCGAUCGCAGCGCCUUUUGGGUUGCCCCACCGCAGCGGUAUGUGGUCAACCGGCACAGUCCCAAGGCGGUGCCGCACAAUCUCUCCGUCAUUAUUGUGGUUGACCCCCAUAUGGUGGAGCCCACUGCAUUUCUUCAGCCCAUAGCGCUGCUUGUAAACGACACUGGAAGUUGCGAGGCAGCGGAGGAUGGGUCUGUGCCUUCGCCCGGGCUGAACUCAACGAGUGAUACAGUCAUCCCCUCGCUUUUUAGAAUGGACGUCUACGUUUGGGAGGACACAACACUGAGGGAGAUACUGGAGGAGGUGUUGGCCACGAGUGCGGCAGCCAAGCAGGUACUGCUGCCCUCCAACACCUCAGCCCUCCCUGUUGUGGAGAGGGAGAGGGAGGCAAAUAAGCCAUCUCCCACCACUGGAAAAGAGAAAAUAGGAACGACGGUGAGAAGAGAGGAAGAGAAGAAUAAUGGUAAUAAUAACAGUGGGUUGAGGGAGGAAGCGGAAGAUGCUGAUAGUGCGUCGGUUGAAUUUGAUGAGGGGAAUGAGUCCGUUAACGGAGACGUGGCGGAAGGGGAAUCGGACGCCAAACGUGUACGCACCGAGGGGGAGAAUACGCAGGAGCCUCCAACGGGUACUUCGUCGGCCACACCAUGGAGUCAGCGGAGGAAUAGGCGACCGCCGCCUAUGCCCGUUGCCAAGGUGCGUGUCUCCCAUGUGUUUGUUGACGCUGACAAGAAGCCACAGGUUAGAGAUAUGGCAGUCUUACGCGUUGACAGGCCUGUCUUCCACACAGGGGACUACACUACCAUGCACGAAAUACGUACUUCCAAAGCGGGAGGACGAGGAUGGAAAAACGGGGACCUGUUGGUGUUAUCACCCACCGUACGAUACUACAGAACCGUGUAUAAGUGA